CCAAAAACAACUCCUCUCCCCCUUAAUCUCUUCAUCUAAGAAUCAUUUGAGUGGUUAAGGGAGAGAAGACGGACGGAGAGUUUUUUCUUUUUGGUUACCGGAGAAUUUUGAUCUCUGAUGGCUUCUUCUCCUGCAUCUGCUCCUCCUCCGUCAAACUCUACCUCUUCUCCAUCUCCACCGUCGUCUAAUACCAAUUCAACCUCCUCUUCUCCCCCUGCUCCUUCUCCUCCUUCUCCUUCUCAAGGAGACUCAUCAUCAUCGCCACCUCCUGGUUCAACAUCUCCACCAGCUCCACAAGCUCCUUCUCCUCCUAAUUCCUCUAAUAAUUCUCCUCCACCACCGUCACAAAGAGGGAAUGGCGGUGGAAACGAGCCUCCACCGUCACGCGGCUCUCCUCCUUCUCCUCCUUCUAGGAGUAAUGGAGAUAACGGUGGAAGCAGAUCAACACCAUCAGGAGGCAAUGGCGGCUCUCCCUCGGAUAAUCCUCCUUCUAGCGGAGGCAGCAGCGGUGGAGGAGGAGGAGGAGGAGGAAGUAAUACGAAUAUUGGGAUCAUAGUAGGUGUAUUAGUUGGAGCUGGACUUUUGAUGAUUGUGCUUAUCAUUGUUUGUCUUAGACGCAAAAAGAAGAGAAAAGAUUCUUACUAUCCUGAACCCAUGAAAGGAAAUCAGUAUCAAUACUAUGGAAACAACAACAAUAAUGCUUCCCACAAUUAUCCAAAUUGGAACCUAAAUCCACAAGGCCAAAACCAAUACCCUCCUGGUGGUUGGGGAGGCGGUGGACCAUCACCGCCUCCUCCUCCACCGCGGAUGCCUACAAGUGUAGAUGAUUCUGAAUUGUACUCUGGACCAGCACGCCCGGUUUUGCCUCCUCCUUCGCCUGCUUUAGCCCUUGGAUUUAACAAGAGCACUUUUACUUACCAAGAGCUUGCGGCUGCAACGGGAGGGUUUGCGGAUGGCAACCUUUUGGGGCAGGGAGGAUUCGGGUAUGUUCAUAAAGGUGUGUUGCCUAGCGGGAAAGAAGUCGCGGUUAAGAGUUUGAAAUCGGGUAGUGGACAAGGAGAGAGGGAGUUUCAAGCUGAGGUUGAUAUCAUUAGCCGUGUGCAUCAUCGGUAUCUUGUUUCUUUGGUUGGAUAUUGCAUAGCUGAUGGACAGAGGAUGUUGGUUUAUGAGUUUGUUCCUAACAAUACUUUGGAAUAUCAUCUUCAUGGGAAAAAUCUUCCGGUAAUGGAUUUCUCCACCAGGAUGCGUAUCGCAUUAGGUGCUGCGAAAGGACUCGCUUACCUUCAUGAAGACUGCCAUCCUCGGAUCAUUCAUCGCGACAUCAAGUCUGCAAACAUUCUCUUGGAUUUCAACUUUGAUGCAAUGGUGGCUGACUUCGGAUUAGCUAAGUUAACUUCUGAUAACUACACUCAUGUCUCUACUCGUGUGAUGGGAACUUUCGGAUAUCUUGCUCCAGAGUAUGCAUCUAGCGGUAAAUUAACAGAGAAAUCCGAUGUUUUCUCUUACGGUGUCAUGUUACUCGAACUCAUAACUGGAAAACGACCGGUUGAUAAUACCAGCACUAUGGACGACACCUUAGUAGAUUGGGCUCGGCCUCUUAUGGCUAGCUCGCUAGAAGAUGGAAACUUUAAUGAGCUCGCAGAUGCAAGGCUUGAAGGCAACUACAACCCGCAAGAAAUGGCUCGAAUGGUGACUUGUGCCGCUGCUAGCAUUCGCUAUUCGGGGCGUAAACGUCCAAAGAUGAGCCAGAUAGUAAGAGCAUUAGAAGGAGAAGUGUCACUGGAUGCUUUAAACGAAGGUGUGAAGCCAGGACAGAGUAACAUUUACGGGUCAUCGGGAGCAAGCUCAGAUUAUAGUCAGACAUCUUACAACGCAGACAUGAAGAAGUUCAGACAGAUAGCUUUGUCGAGCACAGAGUUCCCAAUCAGUGACUGUGAAGGAACACCUAGUCAUGAUUCCAGAGAGAUGGGAACUAAAAGCCCUGCUCCUCAUCAAUGAGAGAGAUCAAUGAAUGAUUAAAAGAAGAGAUUUUUGGGGGGUUCUGAGAGUAGAACCAAUGUAAGCUAAAAAGCAAUGUCAUUGAGAUUGGAUUUUUUUUAUACUUUUUCGACUAAGUUGUGUUAUGUUUAGAUCGUUACGUAUGUGUAUGAUUGAUUCAAACAUGA